GCUUGUCUUGCUUCUCACAAAUUUCUCUCUUGGGCCAUCUAUAUCUUGUGAUCUUAUAACGGUGAGACGCAACCCAGGAAAGAAGUUCCUGUGUUACCUUGUCCUGGCGACGCAGUCAGUAGAAGCAAAAUGAAGUUACUGGGUUGGAUGCACCGGAAGUUCCGCCAAGGUAGUAAUGAACAACUCAAGGAUUUUGUCAUAGGGCAUGCGUGUAAUUGCCUUUCGGGCCAGCCGAUGCUUGAUGACCAAUGCAACCACCAGAACCUGAGCUGUGGAAGCAAAGUCUUUAAGCAAGGGCAGGCAGACCACCACCUUCGAAAGUCAUUUGCAGGUUUACAAGCAGCAACAGGAGAAGCUGAAGAAGUCCCACCAGCUGGAGCAUCCGAGCCCUUCCAUGGCUUUCUCGCUAUCGGUACCCUGGGCUCGGAACCCGGGUUUUCUGACCCAGCAACCCCGACAUUCCCUAACUAUGUCGAGAAUAUUACUGACAAGGACGCUGAAGUUACAGAGAAUGAACUGAAGAUGAUCAAUGAUGAGCUGGAGAAGGUCCUCGUGGCUGAAGCUAAUGAAGACUGGUGCAACACUUCGUCGGGGAGGAACAGCCAUGUCAGCAAUGGAAGAAGCAGCCACGGAAGCACCAUAACACUCAGCGGGAAACCGAUGGAAGGCCAAGAGAGCAGCGCGAGGGGGAGCACUAAUGUGUGUCCACUCCAGGAGUUCCUGUUCGGGUCAGCCAUAGAACUGCCGGAAACGACAGCAGUAGCAAAAAAGGAACAUAGGACGUCGCUCGGGGAGUUGUUUCAGAGGAGCAAGACAGCCGAGGAUUGCUGUGCAAUGAAAUGCGAGCCCGAGGAGAACCAAAUAGAGAAGGAAGUCGACAAGUCCACGGUGAGUCUCGUGAAGAACAAGCUAAAGAAAAAGCUCCUCAAGGGCUCCAAUGUAACUGCUGGAGUGAAGACUGAUCCAAACUCAGAAGCGACUACAUUGCACAAGAUCCUUCAUAUGUUCCACAAGAAAGUCCACCCUGAGAAUUCAAACACCGCAAAGAAGUCGGUUAAGCGACGGAAAAAUGGUAGCAAAAGUAAACCAGUAAAGAGUGGAAGCUGCAACAAUAGCGGAAACCAGCUGCCUCCCGAUCAGGACAUCAUGAUGUAUCCUCAAGGAGGAGACCUUCCAAUGGAACAGUCGCGACGCUCUAGGAACCAGCAGAAACCCAGCCGACUGAACUCUGCAGAGAGUGGGCCGAGCGGGAACCGUGAGUGUUGGAUCAAGACUGACGCCGACUAUCUGGUAUUGGAGCUGUGAAAGCCCAGGAAGCAGCACAACUACGUUUCCACAACCUCAUCGUAUUAUUAUCGAUCGGAGAAUUUACCUAAAAUGACUCAUAAUUUAACCGUUUUGUCAAAUUUAUUAUAUGCUUUUUUUUUGGUCAAAUAUAUCCCAUGGUUUACUUUUUGUAUCAAUUCUAUCCCGGCGUUAUCUUUUCUGUCGACAUCUAACGGCCAAGUUGAUGUGGGCGAACGGCCAAGUUGACGUGGCGCCCACAUGUCAAGUGUGGCCCACUAUCCCUCCACUUGCCACAUUAACACGGUCGUUA